AAGCGACUGUGCCAUUGCCCCUUUUGCCUAAGCACGAGCGUAGGCGGACUAAACGGGAAAUAGCUGCGUCACGAGACCAUUUCAAGGAAUUGUGAGUGAAGCAGAGCUGGCAAGAAAUUGCCGAACUGCAGGAAAAAAAUACCAAAACCUGUAGGUUGUAAUGCACACAGAGCCAGGGGGUCGUAGCAAAAGACAGACAGGAUGAGAGAGUAGAGCAGAGCGAUUUCAUCAACAUCGUCAAAAUGUACGGCUUUCAUAAUGAGUCAUCACUGACAUUUUAUGAAUAAUCCCCUGACACACUUCUGGUCCCCUGUUCAUUCUCACACUCAGAGGGUCCCAGGCAGGUCCCAGGUUACAUCUUGUCUCUCCAUCUCAUCCACAAUGCAGCCACUCCGUUUUUUUGCUUUUACUUUCCUGGUCGGUCUCUCUUUCCUCUCAGUUGUGCUUUCCAUAGACUGCAAUGAAAGACAAUAUGAGUGGCCAGUGGAACAACCCAAAUUAUGCUGUGACAAAUGUCCACCAGGCAAACAUGUGGUUCGGCGUUCAAUAACAACUUGUGAAAUUGAGUGUGAAUCUUGCACAACGAACCUGUUCAAUGAAAAGUACAACGUACAACAGACUUGCGAAUUUUGUGAAAACUGCGAUAAAAAAAACAUGGAGUACAUUUCACACUGUAAUGUCACUCAUAACGCUGUAUGCAGAUGUAAAGAUGGCUACAAAUGCAAAGACCAAUCCUGCAAACAGUGUGUGCCGAUAUCACCCUUCACCACCAAACCUACACUCCCGCCAUCCACUACAGCCCUAAAACCUGGAGCCUACCACACAGAUACAGUGUGGUUCCUGGUGAUAAUUGCCAUCCUGUGUGCAGGAAUUGCACUCGUUGUUGUAACAAAAAUCAAGCCCUUUCUGCACUGGAUCAAAGCCAAGCACGGUUACCUUUUAGCUAAAGAAUCUGUACCAGUGCCACCAUUUUCCGAGGACGAAGAAGUAUCCAAGCCUGUCCAGGAAGUGCGAGGGAAAUGUGAUGUAUGAGUUAAGAGCCUGAACUUGGACAAGCAAGAAUUUGAGGGAAACGUCUCUCUUUGCUUUGGACAUUAAUGACAAAUAGGAGCAAACAUCACUCGGCCCAUGCGGACGAAUGGAACCGCAAAAAAACGUUUUUUCCAAGACUGAUCCUGUUUUCUGGAAGGAAUCAUGACUGUUUGAAAUCUGUGACGUUCGGAUGACAAAAGUGUUUAAAAACAGAGAUAAAGAAUCUGAAAGACACUGAAAAUACAGAGUGCGACACUGUUAUGCAUGAGUUAGAAACUGUGUGCAGUAUGUUUAUAAACGGUGGUAUGUACUAUGGUACAAAAAAGUUAAAGAUAUUUCACAUCUUUAUAGGUGUAUAUAUGAAUAGAUUUUUUUCUUCAGAUUCUACACAUCAAAUGUGAA